UUCCCUCUCUCUCUUGGUCUCUCUCUCUCUAUAUAUAUGCGUAUGUGUAGGUCCAUGAGCCAACUCCCUUAGCUUACAAUCUUUUCUCUUCAUUUCUCCCCAAAUCAGCAGAAUAAAAUGGGUUCUCCUCCCGUCCCUCCUCUCACUUCUUCGGAGGGAGGUGGAAAGGCUGGGGUACAGAGAGAGAGCACAAGAUCAAGGACGUCUGUGGCAAUCAUCUUCAGAUACGCUGACUGGGUCGACGUGCUGCUAAUGCUCUUUGGGACGGUUGGAGCCAUCGGAGAUGGAAUGUCUACUAAUAUCUUGCUGCUCUUUGCUAGCCAAAUCAUGAACAGUUUGGGGUACGGUGGCUCCGGACAGAGCCGUGGAAGCAGCUUCAUGGCUGAAGUCGAAAGAUGCAGCUUAUACUUUGUGUACUUGGGAUUAGCAGUCGCGGUAGUGGCUUUUAUGGAGGGUUACUGUUGGAGCAAGACUAGUGAGAGGCAGGUGCUAAAGAUACGUUACAAGUACUUGGAGGCAAUCCUCAGGCAAGAAGUUGGCUUCUUUGAUUCCCAAGAGGCCACCACUUCAGAAAUCAUCAAUAGCAUUUCCAAAGAAACUUCUCUCAUUGGAGAAGUCCUCAGUGAGAAGGUGCCCAUAUUUUUGAUGCAUGCCUCGGUAUUCAUCUCGGGGCUAGCCUUCUCCACGUACUUCUCAUGGAGGCUCUCUUUGGUGGCAUUCCCAUUACUUCUCCUCUUGAUCAUCCCGGGAAUGAUCUACGGCAAGUACCUUCUUUACUUGUCCAAGAAGUCUCACAACGAGUAUGCCAAAGCAAACAACAUCAUUGAGCAGGCUCUGAGCUCCAUAAAGACAGUGUAUUCCUUCACUCUCGAGAAAAGGAUUGUCGAGAAGUACUCAGCAAUCCUCGAGAGGACUACAAAGCUCGGGGUGAAAAUGGGGAUAGCCAAGGGGUUAGCUGUGGGUAGCACAGGCCUCUCCUUCGCUAUAUGGGCUUUCCUGGCUUGGUAUGGCAGCCGUUUGGUGAUGUACAAAGGAGAGAGUGGAGGCAGAAUCUAUGCUGCUGGGAUUUCCUUCGUACUCAGUGGAUUAUCUCUUGGGAUGGCCCUCCCGGAUGUGAAGUACUUCACCGAGGCCUCAGUUGCCGCGACCAGGAUAUUUCAUCGGAUUGAUCGGCUGCCUGAGAUCGAUGGAGUGAGCAAAGAAGGAAUAACACUUGAAAAGGUUUCAGGGCAAGUGACGUUUGAGCACGUGAAGUUCACAUACCCUUCUCGUCCUGAUUCUGCAGUCCUGAAGGACUUCAACCUCAGGAUCAAGGCAGGAAAAACAGUCGCUCUUGUCGGAGCAAGUGGGAGUGGCAAGUCCACUGCAAUAGCUCUGCUGCAACGGUUCUAUGACCCUGAUGAUGGAGCUGUCCUAAUCGACGGUAUUGAUAUAAGGAAUCUGCAGCUCAAAUGGAUUAGGCAGAAGAUGGGACUUGUUAGUCAAGACCAUGCUUUGUUUGGGACAUCGAUAAGGGAGAAUAUAUUGUUUGGGAAGCUCGACGCAACCAUGGAGGAAGUUACUGCUGCAGCAAUGGCGGCCAAUGCUCAUAAUUUUAUCCGUCAGCUUCCUGAGGGAUAUGAGACCAAAAUUGGUGAAAGAGGAGCAUUCUUGUCAGGAGGACAGAAGCAGAGAAUUGCCAUUGCCCGGGCAAUCAUCAGGAACCCAGUGAUCCUCUUACUGGAUGAAGCCACAAGCGCACUUGACUCGGAAUCAGAAGCCGUGGUCCAGAAUGCCUUAGAUCAGGCCUCUAUGGGAAGAACAACUCUGGUAGUAGCACACAAGCUAUCCACAGUGAAGAAUUCCGACUUCAUUGCUGUGGUAAAUGGAGGCACCAUUGUCGAGAUCGGCUCUCAUGAUGAUCUAAUCAAUAAAACAAAUGGCCAAUAUGCAAAGUUAGCAAAACUACAGCGACAAAUUACUUACGAGCAGGAGCACCAGGAUCCGUCCUCGGAGAUCCGCUCAGCUUCAGCAGCACGAAGCAGUGCAGGAAGGCUCAGCACUGCCAAGUCGAGCCCUGCAGUACUCAGUUCUCCUCUUGCCAUCCUCGCAAGCCCACCGAGGAAAUCUCACCCUGCCCCAUCCUUCGCUCGGCUCAUAUCAUACAGUUCACCUGAGUGGAAGCAGAGCUUGAUUGGGAGCCUCUCAGCAGCGGCCUUCGGCGCAGUUCAGCCCAUCUACGCCCUCACAAUUGGAGGAAUGAUUUCAGCCUUCUUUGUGCCAUCCCAUGAAGAGAUGAAAUCUCGUAUUCGAACUUAUGCUCUAAUCUUCUCGGCCCUCUCUCUGGCCUCCAUCUCAGUGAACCUCAUACAGCACUACAACUUCGCUUACAUGGGAGAGCGACUCACCCGGAGGAUCAGACUUAGGAUGCUUGAGAAGAUCUUGUCCUUCGAGGCUGCUUGGUUCGAUGAGGAUGAGAACUCAAGCGGGGCCCUCUGCUCCCAAUUGAGCAAUGAAGCCGCAGUGGUGAAGUCUCUCGUGGCUGAUCGAGUAUCUCUCCUGAUCCAGACAACUUCAGCAGUUUCCCUUGCGAUGAUCCUCGGGCUAGUAGUCGCGUGGAAGCUCGCCCUCGUGAUGAUUGCCGUCCAACCUUUGACCAUCCUUUGCUUCUACACAAGAAAGGUGUUGCUGUCAAACCUGUCAUCAAAGUUUGUGAAGGCCCAGAACAAGAGCACGCAGAUCGCAGUUGAAGCCGUUAUCAACCACAGGAUUGUCACGUCCUUUGGGAGCAUUGGAAAGGUCCUGGAACUGUUUGACAAGGCACAAGACGAGCCCAGGAAGGAGGCAAGGAAGAAGUCGUGGCUGGCAGGGAUUGGAAUGGGCUCGGCACAGGGCCUAACUUUCAUGACUUGGGCGUUGGACUUUUGGUUUGGUGGGAAGCUGGUGGAGGCGGGGCAGAUAUCGGCCGGGGAUGUCUUCAAGACUUUCUUCAUUCUCGUGAGCACUGGGAAGGUUAUUGCCGACGCUGGUAGUAUGACUUCUGAUUUGGCCAAGGGAUCUGCAGCUGUGGCUUCCGUCUUCCAAAUUUUGGAUCGUCAGUCUUUCAUGGCAGGAGGGUUGGCCUCCACUCCGGCAAAAGAUGGAGCUAACAAUGGAACCAAACUCAAGAAAAUCUCAGGCAAAGUCGAGUUGAGGAACGUAGACUUCUCGUAUCCGGGCAGGCCUGGGAGCCUAAUCCUCAGACAGUUCUCUCUCGAGGUCAGGCCAGGGACAAGCAUCGGGCUGGUGGGCAGGAGCGGGUGCGGGAAGUCAACCGUGAUAGGACUGAUCCAGAGGUUCUAUGAUGUUGAACGUGGGUCAGUGAGAGUGGACGGUGUGGAUAUAAGGGAGCUGGACAUCCAAUGGUACAGAAAUCACACGGCACUUGUGAGCCAAGAGCCGGUGAUUUACUCAGGCAGCAUUAGGGACAACAUCCUGUUUGGGAAGCUCGAUGCUUCUGAAAAUGAAGUGGUGGAGGCAGCUAGAGCGGCCAAUGCUCAUGAGUUCAUCUCAUCCUUUAAAGACGGGUACCAGACCGAAUGUGGAGAAAGAGGGGUGCAUUUAUCAGGAGGCCAAAAACAGAGGAUUGCAAUUGCAAGAGCCAUCAUAAGGAACCCGACUGUUCUUCUCCUCGACGAGGCAACCAGUGCCCUUGAUGUGCAGUCUGAGCAGGUCGUGCAGGACGCUCUGGACCGUAUCAUGGUUGGGAGAACAACGAUCGUGGUGGCGCAUCGGCUCAACACGAUCAAGGAGCUCGACUCCAUUGCGGUCGUGAUGGACGGGAAGGUGAUUGAGAGAGGAACAUAUUCCCAGCUCAAGAAGAAACGAGGAGCCUUCUUUGAUCUUGCAGGUAGCCAAAUAUAACUAGCCGAAAGAGCACCUGCCCAUAAUUGUGUACUGUAAUCAAUAGAUCGAGUGCGAAGCAGCUAGAUAUAUUUGCGCUAACAAGAGAAAGCUGGACUAGUUGAAUGUGAGUCCAGGUAUAUAUUGGGAAGCUAAUGAAGGUUGUUAAUUAAAGCCCGAAGUUCUUAGUGAGACCAUCUCAUAAGCCUUUGGGUAAAA